AUGCGUGCUUCAAAUAAUAAGCCUGGUGAUGGAGAAUCAAGAAUUCCAACAUUAACCAAAAAUAAUGUUGUUUAUACCAAAAUCCGUACUAAACCAAAAUAUUUACGUACCAUCACAAAAAUUUUCAUUCUCGUUCGAUUAUUCCAAUUUGUGUUGGUGUAUUUAACGCCAAAUAAACAAUUUGAUACAUCGACAGCAAUUUUGCUUAAUGAGUUAAAUUUGGAUUCUUCGUAUUGGAUAAAUAAGAAUGUUUUAAACAAAUUACUUUCGUGGGACUCAACGUUUUUCAUAAAAAAUAUUAUCAAUAGUGGGAAUCCAGUUUAUGAAAAUGAAUAUGCAUUUUCCCCGUUGUGGUGCAAGUUUCUGAGGGCAGUGCUAUCCUGGUCUGGUUCCAACAUUAAUGAUGACCCAUUUUUAUUACUGAAAUUAACCAUUUUAGCUAAUUUUGUACAAUAUCUAUCCGCAAUCUCUUUAUAUUAUUUAACUUUAAAUGUAUUUAAAAAUACCAAUAUGAAGUUCCAUGAUUUAAAUAAUUUGGCAUUCAAAAGCAGCCUAUUAUAUGUUGUAUCUUCUAGCGCUGGCUUCGCUUUAACCUUUUAUUCAGAGGGUUUAUCUGCAUUGUUUACAUUUUUAGGAUUAAUAUUCAGGAGCGUAUAUGUCAUAAACUAUAACAAUGGAAUGCUGGGUAUUCAUACGUGGUGGGAUGGGUUGAAAUAUAGCAUUAUCACACCACUUUUAUUUGGCGUUGCUGUCAUAAAUAGGCCAAAUUGUAUUUUAUUGGGAUAUAUAUAUAUUUCUGAUUUAAUGAAAUUAAUCUCAGCAAAAUACCUUACAACUGGAAACCUUACUAAUAAUGAUAAUAAACACGCAUUUAUUUAUCCGUUAGUUGGUGGAUUUAUCCUCUUCAUGAUAUUUAUCAAAGAAAUGUAUUAUACACCAUAUGUUACUUUUUGUAGUAAUAUUGAUAAAAACAGUAAUAGUUCCUGGUGUUCCACCUCCAUUACUUCAUAUUUGCCCUUCAUUACCAAAACAAACCUCUACAGCUAUAUUCAAUCAGAAUACUGGAAUGUUGGUCUAUUUAAGUAUUGGACUUUAAACAACAUACCUAACUUCCUUUUUGCUAUUCCAAAUACAGUACUUUGUGUUUGUGCCUGCAACUAUUUUGAAAAAAAACAUGUGGUUAAGGCUCUACAACCGCUAAUUCACAUUACCAAGCUUUUUUUAUUGGUUGUGUGGUUUGUAGCGCACACGCAGAUAAUAAAUAGAAUUAUUAAUUUUAUCCCAUUACAUUUAUGGUAUAUCGCAAGUGUGUUAAGUACAAAAACACGAUUUAGCGCAUCGGAAAAUGUCUUAGAAUAUGACCCCAUUAAGAUUGAUAAAUAUAUUAUCACAAUUUAUUUGUAUUGGUUAAUUUUAUGGUUUCCCUGUCAAACAGUAUUGUUUUCUGCAUUUUUACCACCAGCAUGA